AAUUUGUUUAAUUACUACGUGUUGGUUACUAUUUUCAAUAUUUAUUUUUUAAUUUUAGUUUAUAGUAAAAAAAAAUCAUAAAAUGAAUAAUGAGUAUAUCUCCAUCUUCUAAUUACAUAUGGCUUAGUCUUAUGAGAUGAUAUAUGCACGUAUGGAGUUAUGAGGUAGCAUGUAUAGUAUUUUUUCAAAUAUUAUUAAUAACUAAAAAUAAAAUAAGCAAAAAAAGAAAAGAAAAGAAAUACAAAUUGAUUUAUCAAAAAAAUUUAACCAAAUGACUAACUUAAACAUGUUUUAUGAGGGAAAAUCCAGAAAUAAUAAUUUAGAUCCUAUUAUCGAAAUGCUGGAAAAUGAACAUACGGCAAACGAAGUUAAAGAAAUUAUAGAUAUUAAUGUUGCUGGACAACUAUUUCAGACGUACCGAACUACACUUGAACGAUAUCCGGAUACUUUACUUGGAGAUCCAAAAAAGCGACAACAUUUUAAAAAUCCAAAAACAAAAGAACUAUUUUUUGACAGACAUAGAGAAUCGUUUCAAUGUAUUUUGUAUUAUUAUCAAUCGGGGGGAGUAAUGGAAAAAUCACCUGGCAUACCUAUUGAUAUUUUUGUGAACGAACUAAUUUUCUACGAGUUAGACAGUAAAUUAAUAGAAAAAAUGCAGCUUGAUAAUGGUUUAAAAGAAAUAGAUACGAAAGAAAAUUUACCAUUAUUUAAACCGUUUCGCAUUUUAUGGGAAUUUUUUGAAUACCCAGAGUCAAGUAAGGCGGCAAAAAUGUUCGCAAUAGCUUCGCUAUUUGUAAUUGUUUAUUCAUUAAUUCUAUUUGUAAUAGAAACUCUACCAAGUUUCCAGCCACAAGUAGUUAUUAUAUCUGAUAAUUCAACGAUGACGAUACCAAGUGUCAAUGCAGUAUGGACAAAAUAUUCUAAUACGGCAGUAAUUGUCUGGUUUACAAUUGAAUUUUUAAUCCGGUUGAUUUCUUGUCCUAACAAACUAAUGUUUUUUCUAAAUGGUGGUAACAUCAUUGAUUUCUUAUCAAUAUUACCAUUCUACUUGAGUUUGAUUAUUUCUUCAAACAGAACGGAAACUUCGAUACUUCGUGUAAUGCGAGUGUUUCGCGUUUUUAAACUAGCCCGGCAUUCCCGAGGGCUUCAAAUACUCGGCAACACGCUUAAAGCUUCUUUUAAUGAACUAAUGAUGCUUGUUUUUUUCUUGUUUGUAAUGAUAUUGUUUUUUGGAAGCCUUAUAUAUUAUGCAGAAAAAGAUGUUUCUGGCACAACAUUUACGUCGAUACCAGACUCCUUUUGGUGGUGUAUUGUCACAAUGGCUACCGUAGGGUAUGGGGAUAUGGUGCCAAUAACUUUUUGGGGUAAAUUGAUAGGCUCGGUGACAAUUAUUUUUGGAUUGCUUUUGGUUGCUUUGCCAGUCCCUAUAAUUGUUUCCAAUUUCGAGUUUUAUUAUAAAAAAGAUCAAAACAGAAAAAAAGUAGAAAAAGAAAAAAUUGUAAAAGAAAAGGAGAAAAAUCGCUACUUUAAGACUUAUUAUCGCUUUCUUCUAAACAGAGACUUUACUAAAAAUAUAAAAAAAGCUCACAUCAGAAGAUAUUCAAUGUCUCAAAACCCUGAUGGUUUAUCAACUAAACUUGACGAGUCCCCAAAUUUAAAUGAGAAUUGUCUCUCAAGAAACAACAUAUCCUAUGCUGAAGAAAAAUAAAAUUUAUUUGUCGUAGAUAAUUGCUCUUUAUAAUUUAUGCGGAUGAAACUAUUUUUAUAUUAGAAAUUAAAUAUCGUUAUUUGACUUAUAAAUAUAAAAAUGAUUUAGUUAAACAUAUAACAAUUUUCACCGUAA